AUGUGGAAAGCAAUAUUAUCUAGCAGAGAGGAACGUAAGCUUCUCCACCGAACAUACACAGGUUACAAACCGUAUGGUUGUCAAACCUGCCCCAAACACUUUCCUAAGAAAGAGCAGCUUAUUGAGCAUAUUAGUGUCAAUACGGGAGAAAAGCCAUACGUGUGCAAAUACUGUGGUAAAGCCUUUACUCAAAGAACUCCCCUAAGAAUCCACGAAAGAACACACACAGGAGAGCGACCAAAUAUUUGCCCGAUUUGCAGCAAAGGAUUCAUUUCCAAAACUGCUUUGGAAAGCCAUAUUAGGAGUUGUUACAACAACUCGCAGAUUAUUAUACCUGAAGCCAUGCAAUUGCCGUAUCAUUCGUUUUAUGGAUCAAACUCUAUUCCUAUGACUCCGAUGACUCCUAUGACCCCUUCUUCGGAAGUUUCGGAGUUGGAGCAUAAGUUUUCUCUUUCAGAUGCUUUUCUUGAUCCUCGACAACACAUCGAUGUGAUUGGACACAUGACUCCCAUGUAA